UUUUACAGACACAUCAGUGAUGAACCAACAGCAGUCAGACAGUAACUUCACUCACAUACAGUGUCAUGAAAUGCUCUCUUCAAUACACACAUACACAGCCUGUCUCUCUCUCUCUCUCGGAGAGGCUUGUCUCGGCACAGGGUCAAAUCUCUUCAGUUUCAGAUCAGAUCAGAUCAGAUCAGAUCAUCUGUUUGGAUAUUCCACAUGUGCUCUUCAACAGAAGCAUGAACGGGAUCCCACUGUACUGUACAACACACUUCAACAUGGAGGCUGUAAGUCGCAUUUAACGGAAUUUGGAAUCUGAGGGAUAUACAUAAUGGAUUCCUGGACAUUUUCGUUCUCACCCAGUAACCUCCCCAGCAAUCUGUCUGGACUCCCCAUGUACGAUGACAUCAUGCUCGGCAACAUAUCUGAAGACGGCCUGGGAAACGAGACGGACCAGAGCUUGACCAAAACCAGCACAGCCGUCAUCACCUUCAUGUACUUUAUUGUGUGCGCCAUCGGUCUGUGUGGAAACGCUCUGGUCAUCUACGUCAUCCUGCGAUACGCCAAGAUGAAGACGGUCACCAAUAUCUACAUCCUGAACCUGGCGGUGGCAGACGUGCUGUUCAUGCUCGGUUUGCCCUUCAUCGCUAUCCAGUUGGCGCUGGUGCACUGGCCAUUUGGUUCAGCUCUGUGCCGUGUGGUCAUGACUGUGGACUCUCUCAAUCAGUUCACCAGUAUUUUCUGUCUGAUGGUGAUGAGCAUCGAUCGGUACCUUGCUGUUGUGCAUCCCAUCAAGUCCACCAGAUGGAGGAGGCCCAAUGUCGCAAAGACCAUUAAUCUGGUCGUGUGGGUCGUGUCUCUCGUCGUCAACAUCCCAAUCGUAAUCUACAGUGGGCUGAUCACCAAACCUGAUGGCUGCUUCUGCACUAUUGUGUGGCCAGAGCCGCAGGAGACCUACUACACCACCUUCAUGUUCUACACCUUCUUCCUGGGCUUCUUCCUGCCUCUGAUGGUCAUAUGUCUCUGCUAUUUGUGCAUUAUCAUCAAAGUGAAGUCCUCAGGAGUCAGGGUGAGCUCCAGUAAACGGAGGAAGUCUGAGAGGAGGGUGACGCGUAUGGUGUCCAUUGUGGUUGCCGUCUUUGUGUUCUGCUGGCUGCCUUUCUACAUUUUCAAUGUGACAUCGGUCACUGGCACUAUUAGCACCACGCCUUUUUUAAGGAGCAUGUUUGCCUUCGUCGUGGUGCUAGGAUACGCCAAUAGCUGCGCAAACCCAAUAUUGUAUGCUUUCCUGUCUGAGAACUUCAAAAAGAGUUUCCAGAAUGUGCUGUGCUUGAAAAAAGCGAGUGCUUUGGAUGAGGCUGAACGCACUAGUAGCAAACAGAACAAGCCGCAAAUCAUGAACGAGCCAACAGAAACUCAGAACACUCUGCUAAAUAGAGACCUGCAAACCAGCAUGUGACAAAACAAAGGUCGUUGCUCAGCAAACUAUGGAUCUGAAAUCAAUAGAAACUGUGGUCUCUACAAACAGAGUAAGAGAAGUGACUGUAAAACCAUUAAAUGGUAUUUAAAAUGGUUUCCAUUUUAAAGCCCACUGGCUUAGUUUCCCAAAGUUACAAACUAAUGGAUUUUUGGAAAUCUUAACAUAAUUUCCAUUCAUUGGUUAGAACCUGUAAAAAUCAUUGGUAAAACAUUAGUUUAGAGACCAAUUAUCACUAUUAACUAUUAGCUUAUAAGCAUGCCUAUUAUUAGCUAAUCAUCUGUUUAUUAGUGCUUAUAAAGCAUAUAUUCUGCAUGACCUUAUUCUACAUACCUAAUCAUACCCAAUAACUAAAUUUAACACCUACCUUACUAACUAUUAACAAGCAGCAAAUUAGGAGAUUAUUGAGGCAAAAGUCAUAAUAUUUUUUUUAAAGCAAGAAUUGGACCUUAAAGUAAAGUAAAGUUCACCAGUUCUUCCUAUCGACUAACUAUUAACUAUGAAACUCCGAAUUUUAUGUUUAUAGUUAGUUGUUAGGUUUAGUUAUAGGGUGGAUCAAGGGAUGUAAUAGAUUGUAAUGCAGAAUAAGGCAUUAAUAUGUGCUUUAUAAGCACUAAUAAACAGCUGGUAAAAUGAUACAACUAAUUAAUAGUAAGAAUUGGUCUCUAAUUUAAAGUGUUACUAUACUAUACUAUUUUAUAAAAAAAAAAUACUCUGGAUUGUUAUUUAUAAAGUAUAUUUAUAGAGUUCUUUAAGCAAAUUGUGAUUAUAAACAGAAGGACUAAGGUAUUCUCCAGUGUCACUGUGUUUGUAGAAAAUAUUCAGAAUCUAGUUCUUACAUUUGUUUUGUUUUUUAUUUUUAUUUUAUCCAUAAACAAUAGCAAACACCACCACCAUAAAUUCAUUACACUAUACAAAUAUGCUUUUUAAUUUACACCUUGUAGCCAGCAAAAUGCUGAACUGGAUUGUAUUGUAAUAUGUAUCACUCUGUUUUUGCAUUGUACGUGUUAAUUCGUCCAGAAAUACCAUAUUGCUGUAGUCUUCCUAAUAGCAGUUAAAGUCAAAAAUAGAGUCAUGGGUCUCUCUCAUAAUUUCUAAUAACUGUGCAAAGAUUCUGGCCUCUAUCCCUUUGAAUCACCGUAAUGUUAAGGGCAGAUAGUAAUCUAGAGAGAUUUUCCUCGUCUUAAUAUAAUGUUCAUUUGAAAAGGGCUAAAGCAUUGUCCUUAUGUUACUUCUGAGAUCAGGCAGGGACACAUGUAUCAUGAUCCAGCCUGAUCUUACACGCAAAACAUACAUAUGUAGACGCAAAUUAAAACGGUCCAAUGUGUAUAUAACUUUACAUAUUUACAGUGCCAUAGAACCUGCUUUGACCAGUUACUUAUUUAAUAACAAGACAUUUGAUUAUGAAGUCGCCUUUAAUUGAGCAUCUGCUUAUAAUACUUUGUUCACCAUGAAAAAAACAAUUAUUUGCGUCGCCAUAAAUAACCGUCGUUUAUUUGAAUAAAUGAUGGCAGUGGCAGAUUUACACACAAGCGGAGAUGUGGUGUUUGAACCAUAGCCAGGUUACAGUUCUGUUGAGUCUACCCAGGAAGCAGAAGAGCAGGAGAGGGCAGUCACGGCCAAGAAAGAGAAAAAACCAAUCAGAUCCUCUUCUUGAGCUCCUGAAGGAAGACGUGGCACGCCAGAAGGUUCUGUUUGUCAACAUUUCUCAAAAUCUUUAAAGUAAUGAAUUCUAAAUGGCUUAAACAAUCGUUAAUGAAUAAAUAUCUUUGGUUACACAUUAACAAAAAUAAAAGAUAAGUCGUGAAAAAUAUGUGUUGUGCCGUGUUGUGUGAGCUCUCAUGCUGCCUUCCUAGUAAGCCCAAGAACAAAAGAAGUGUUAAGGAUUAUAGGUUAAUAAAGCUGUAUAAACUAAAUUAACCUUAAGUAUACUGUAGGUAAGUAUACAUUUAAUUUUAAAAUAAGUAUUGGUAGCCAAAUUAAAUUAAAUUGUAUUUAGUUUUCAACUUACUAUUUUAAUUAGGAUGAUUUCUGUAGUCGUGGUCCUGGUUGACAUCCUUUAAGGCAGACACUUGGUUGCACAAUAUAUAUACACAGACACACAAAUAUGAAAACAUAACUUGUCACCAUAAUUAGUAAAUUCUUUUAUCUGGUAAUGUUUGUUAAGUAAAGGUCAAUUAUAGAGAAAAAGAAUGCAGUCUUUGGUGCAAAUGUUGGAUGCACUUCAAGUGCCUGAAGAAAGAUGGCUCUAAAUCACGUCUUCAUCAUUCCAAAAGUAUGCUCAAUAAUUGCGCGGAUGUCAUGGUUGCGAUUGGCUUCUCUGUGCAGGGGUACCCACCAUCACAAGGAGGAAAAAGCCCUGAGCUGGAUACUUUGCAUGGUUGUAAAUGGGGCUGUUCUGAAGCCCAGUGAGUCGUGGACACUCCCGAGGUACCCUACAAAAAUGUCUAAAAAUGGUCGCAUAUCCCUUGAAGCAACACUGUCCAUCAGGGCCAGCUGGUGGUUUUAUUCUCACAUGACAUCCAUCAGUUGCUCCAACAGCUUUACCAAAUGCCUGGUGAUUGGUGAGAGAAGCAAAGCAUGCACCAACCUGGAGCAGGUGUUCUUCUGACUUUGUUUGGGCCACAACCUCUGGCAGAAUUGCCAUGACUUCAUCAGCCACUGGCCAUGGCACAUCCCAAAAUCUGCGACACAACCCUGUAAGAUGAUUGGGCCAACCAAUACAAAAACACCAAUGUCUGGAGUGCUGUACCCCAGCCAUGUCUCCGUUGCUGAUGAGGCAGCUCCAAAAGUUAAUAGAGGCUCUCUCUUGUCAGACGAAAGUCUGCUUUUGUAUCCCCUCUUCUCAAGAACGGGGACAUGAGGAUUGAGCCUGCAAUACUUGAUGUAUGUCUGUAUAAAACAAAAUAAUAAAAAGUAUAUUUACAACUACAUA